AAAGAUGGUAGAAGAUCAGUGAUGGCAUUUGAUGUGGCAAAUGUUAGAGUCACUAUGAGCAACAAUAGCAACUGUUCAUUGGAUGAUGUGGACUACCUAAUGCAGUCACUGGAACUGGUCAUCUACGUGCCAAUCUUUGUGGUCGGCAUUGUCCUAAAUGCAGUGGCACUUUGGUUGUUCUGUUGCGUUUUUAAAAAAUGGACUGAAUCCAUCAUUUACAUGAUCAACUUGGCUGUAAUGGAUAUGCUUUUGCUGCUUCAGCUGCCCUUCAAGAUGCAUGCCACAAAUAACAAGUGGUCAUCCAACAAAAAACAUUUCUGCUCUUUUCUGGAAAGCCUGUACUUCAUGGCCAUGUAUGGGAGCAUCUACAUCAUCAUGUGCAUAUCCAUGGACCGCUACCUUGGCAUAUGCCACCCAUUCCGUGCCCAGUACCUACGUUCCAAGAAAAGUGCCAUGAUUAUGUGUUUGGUAAUUUGGGUGUUGGUUAUUGGAGCUACUCUUCCAGUAUAUACAUUCCGGCAAGAGGGAACUGAUGAUUUUCACUGCUUUCAUGGAUUCUCAAAUAAGGGAUGGAACAUGGUGCUUAUUCUGUGUCUGGAACUGUUUGGCUUUCUGCUGCCUGCUGUUGUGUUAAUAUUUUGCUCAAUUCGGAGUAUCAGUACUCUGCGUUCUCGAGACUACACAAACACUCCUGAGAAACACGCUGCUGUCCGGAUCAUAUACAGCAGCCUAUGUGCCUUUCUGGUGCCCUUCACACCGUGCCAUAUAGCAAUCUUUCUCCAAUACCUGGUGCGCAGCUCCAUCAUUUCCGAGUGUGCAACCAUGAAAAAGAUCUCACUGUUUAUACAGUUGUCACUCAGCCUGGCCAACAUAACAUGCUGCCUGGAUGCCAUAUUCUACUACUUUAUAGCCAAAGAGGUACGGGCAGGUAGGGAAAGAAUAAGGAUGUCCAUCACUAGGAUUGUAAGUGUGAGUGCCACAGACACAUAAGAGAGAAAGAAAGUGUGGAUUUUUGCAGUUGUUCUGAUUUGUCCAAACAUGAUGAUGCUUACUAAAACUCUUAUUGACAGAGUAAUAUGUUUACUUUAGUCUACAUCGGAAGCAGAAAAUAAUGCCAUUUUACAAAAAUGACUUUCAGACAGGGGCUGCCACGAGGAUCUCAGGUGCAAAGGUUGGCAAGCUGAAGACAGAUUGAUGGGAUUUUAUUGGGUUGAAAAAAGCUUAUCAAAAUAUAUUUACUCAUUUCUAACCCCUCUGUUUUAUAUAGGCCUACAGUAUGCUUCAGAUGUGUAAAAUAGAAAAAGGUUUCUAGCUUGAGUCACCUCAGCAGUCUGCCAAAGGUCGUUCUCACGCGAUGGGAGCGUGCCGAACUAAACAGAUAUUUCAGAAAUGAAUUUUCAGAAGUUUAUGAGGUUGAUCUAGAUCAAAUACCUAAAGCACCAUCUUAUAAAAAUUUCUUUGUUAAACUAGUAUGUUUUACAAACUGUGUGUCAUAGGGAAUUUAAAUCUGUUCAUGGGAAGUUUAAUAAUCAUUUAUUAUUCAUUAUUUAACUGGCAAAAGGGCUGAGAGUCACAGAGGCUGCUGCUGCUGGUCUUCUUUAGUUGGGUGAAGGAGUGGGCAGAGGCAGCAUGCCUGAUAGUUUCACUCUGCCUCAAACAUGUUUCCCUUUGUGCUACAAUUCUCAUGCCAAGUGUAUAGUAUCCUAUAGAACAAGCAUUAUUUAAAAGCACAACUUUUUUAAAGUGUUUUUUUUUUCUUUUUAAAUGUUUAAGAUGAAAAACCUUUUAAACUUUAAAAUGUUUUAUUCUCAUGUUUUAUUUAUAAUUAGUUUUCUGUGGUGUAUAUUGAUGUAAAAUACAGUAUUAGAGUUUUACACUUAAUAACUAAGCGGUAACAUAGGAGGCAAUAAUUUAGUAAGCAGUAAUUUUUACCAAAGCACCUGUUGGUCCGUAACUCUGUAACCAUGUUCUUUACUAUUUUUUCUAGAUUAUAAUUUUUACCAAUCUCUCCACAUAAUGGUAACAUAGUUAUUAUUGUUGUUUUUGGACUUAGUGAUGGUGGAUUUAUUUAAUUAUUUUUAGCAGCCCUAACAAAAAUUAUUUUUAAACUAUGUGAUCAAUGGUACCUAAAACUAGAGACUUUAUUUUCUUCUAUAUUAAUUUGUAAAAGCAUAAAAAGUGUAAUUAAGUAUAGAUACAGUAACUUAUUGCCGAUUUCAUUUUGAAGAUUAAAGUUUGAAGUUAACUAUAUAAUGUUCUUCAUGGUAAAUAAAGAUCUUAAAAAAAACGGUGUGUGUGAGGGGGUGACUAUGAAAGAGAAACAUUGCCUGUUUGUAAAUGAUUUGUUUAUCAGAAAUCUGUUGUACAU